UGUUUUGUUAUCCACCCCCGUUAAAAUAAACAACUCGUCUAACCAGAGUUGCGCGACUGACAGACAGGCAGUCAGGCCAACAGACAGUGGUUGUGCUGUUUAAAUGCCGCACUAUGACAGCAGUGGACAAAGUACCGCCGCCAACUAAAGAGAUGGAGUCGUCCCUCGAUCCAGAGGUUUUGAAGAGAGCAGAAGAUGGAUCGGAAGAGGACCAACUUAUCGUGGGUAAACAUUUCUUGGUAUUGGCUCAGUCUGGGGUCAAUGAAGAGAAAAACGGCGUUGAGGCUGUAAAAUGGCUCAUCAUGGCAUCGAAACAAGGCAAUGAACCUGCAACAGAACUUCUCUGUCACUGCAAGGAUACACAAAUGGGGAUCACAGAACAGAAUGAAGAACUCAUUAAAUGGUGUAUAAAUACGUCUUCAAUGGAAAAGAAAAUCAGACUUGCUGCCAGGCAGAUGUUUGGCUCUCUCAACAAGACCCACAAAGAAGUGUUGAGCAAGGAUGAGUAUAUGAAAGCCAUAAAGGAAAUCCCAGGGGAUGAACAGGCACGGAAAUUAUUGGCUGCAGCAGGUAAGAAGAUUGGUGAUGCCAUCUCUGAAGAUGCUUUCGUAAAGACCAUCUCCAAGAAGAUCCAAGGAAAGAUUAAUUUGACUGAGGAAGAAGCAGCUGAACAGUCUGAGGUGUACAAGAGAUCAAGCAUUUGGUCAAAGAUUAUGAAACAUCCGAUGACUACGAUCAAAGUUUGUGUCCAGCACGUGUUGGAAGUGGCAUCAACUCGAGGAACCAGUUGGCUGCUCUCUCUCAUCCCAACCCGACAAAUCUAUUUUAUGUUGCUGCUCUUCGUCUACAGUUUCAUCACUCCAGACCUUAUUUUAUUUAUUUUCCCCCUCUUCUUCUUCUACCUUUCUAUUGCCGCCAUGAUAAUUUCUACCUUGCAGAUGUUCUACAGUCGGCAGAAGCUUUCGGAAACAGCUCGGCUGACGUCUGUGUUGAAGAAUUUUGAGAUUGGCGUCGACAUUGAAAAUGUCGAGUCCCAGUUCUGCUGGAAUUCUAUGGCGCCGUAUAUAGUCUUUUUCCUGUCAGUUUUUACUACGGUUUUUAAUUUUUCUCUGGCCGACAAAUUGUACAUACCAUGUUCGGAGUUUUGUGUUAUCUCUCUGCUGUUAGCCAUUAGUUGUUUUAUUGCAUUAAGUGACAGCUAUGACCACUUGACCUUAGCAUGUCUGGCCACCAACUUAUUUGCCUCCCUUCCGACACUUAUGAAAAAUUUCCCAGACAUCCCUGUUGUAGUCCAACUCCUCCAGUUCAUCUCGUCUCCGUUGUUUGUGAUCCACAUUGGACUCGGAUUCAACUUCAACUUCAGCCUCCCGUCUGCUGCUUUCAUCACCCUCCUCUUCCUCUUCAUGUUCAUGGCCAGGAAGAAAUCCUGGCAAGGAUUCUACCGAGUCCUCAUUCCUCACCUGGUCUGCUAUUUUUGGUGGAACUUUGCGAUAAUACUCUUUACUUACACCACCUGGUGGACCUUGGCUCGUGCCACCGUCGGUUACCUCAUGCUGCCUCUGUUAGUGCCACUUUCGUUCUUGACUGCUUGCCUGUCGGUUCUCUACUUCAUUUUCAAAAUUGUCCAAUCAGCGGUGUUCGGUAAAAUUCUGACGACUGCUAUUCUGCUCGGGAUUCCACUUGGUCUCACGCAAAGCCAUCUUUUGCUUGGAGACCAAAUUAACUCGAAAUACCGAGUCGCAAAACGAAUUGCAAUUGCCAUUUUCUGCGUCGUUGCUAUUGUUCCGUUGUUCUUCAUUCAGAUUCCUGCGAUGCACGAAGAGACUCAGAGUCAGUUGACAUGGCCUGAAUACAUGCAACGUUGCAGCAGUAUUCCUCCAGGUGAGACCAAAGCGACGACUGCAAUACGCUGCUCGCACCUGCAAGGAAUAAAAGUCGCAUGGAACGGUACAAUUGAAGACAUAACCAUUACAAAAGUGGAGAAUUCGGCAGAGAAAUUUCUUGAAAGUAUACCACUGUUUAUAGCAAACCACUUACGCUGUGCCUACGGAGAAGCUUAUGAGUGUAAGGAAGAAAACUUUGAGAAUACCGUCGACUACGAACAUUGCCAGCAAAUGAUGUCUCUAGGCCGGACCUGUCACCUCAAAGAAUAUGAUUACUAUACGUUUAAGGUAUUUGUUACCAUGCAAGGAUCUUACAUUCAAUGUUCGCUGCUGGCAGAUUACCGUUUCCAAGACCAGCUGCUGACUUUACGAGUUGGAGACCGUGUAAGAUUCAUUGGCCUGAUAGCACAAAAUUUGGCGCUGGGUGACCCUAUUCUUCAUCUCCGCCACAUAUCUACUGAAGACCGAGAUUUGCCUCAGAUGAUAGAGAUUAACGAAAUCCAAGAUAUUUUCCGAAUGAAGUUAGUCGAGAUGUUAUCAAUAUUGGUGCGAUUCUUCAUGUUCCCUUUGUUUGAGUUUGCUUACAAUUAGAACUGCUGACGGUAAAUUAACUGUUCACAUUACAUAUACAUAUAUGUAUACACACGUAUAUGGAUACAUACACAUAUAUAUCCAUGUAAGAUAGAUGUAUGUGUGUGUGCAUGCAUAUGCAUGUGUGUGCAUACUUAUGUAUGUACAUUCAUAAAUGUAUACAUAUAUAUGUAUAUGUGUGUGUAUCUAUAAAUAUAUAUAUAUAUUUAUAUAUAUUUCAAUACAGACAAAUAAUUCAUGAGAAAAUAUUUGUGAAGGUAUCAUUGACUCUGUUAUUAUCUAGUGUAACAAUUUUAAAAUGAUAAUAACAAAAUCAAUAAUAUACACAUAAAUUAGUAAGCACAUGUGUGCACACACAGAUAGGUUUAUAAACUAUAUACAUAUGUGUGUGUGUAUGUAUAUAUGCAUGCAUGUAUGUGUUUAUGCAUACAUGUAUGUACUAGUAUGUAUGUGUGUAUCUACGUGUGUAUAUAUAUAUAUAUAUAUAUAUAUACAUGCAAAUACGUAUAUAAUGUUAGAAUUGUAUCAUAAUUUAUUAUAAUUUAUUAAUAUUUCCUAACUUUGUUUUGCUGCCUUUAUUUUUACUUUUUUUUUUUUUUUUUUUUUUUUUUUUUGGUGUAUAUACAUAAUUAUACAUCAUUUGUUAAAAGCACACUUUCAUAAUAUCAUGUCAUUAAAACUAGGCUGGACUGAAUCAAAGACAAACUUUUACAAGAAUUUUCGCAAGGAAAACAAAAGAACUUUCUCUCUGUCUCACCAAAAGUGCACUAUAUUCUUUAAACUGGAAUCGUUUAAGUGUUUGAGUCUGAAAUUUCAAUCCUAGAACAGCAUGACUUUCAAUAAAGAUCAAAUAACUUCGGUUAGAACUGGUGCUUUGAUCUGUUUUCUUUGAGUUAUAUAUAUGAUACAUCUGCUAAAUGAAAUUUAUUUGAACUGUUAAGUCUGCUGAUGGAAUUCCCAUGUCUUGAAGUCUGAAGACAGGGAUAACUCUAGUUAUAAAUGGCAUUUUUAUUAAUUUCAUUUGUACCAUAAUAAAGUCUGCUUAAAGAAA